AUGAGCGAUCGUCCACGAAGAGCAAGAAAACAAAAACCAACUGUUGCUAGUAAUGUACACUAUGUAGGCUAUGUGGAAGAUGCCGAAUCGGUAGAGGCGAUUAUGAAAAAGUUUGAAGAGCUCGAACGUAUCCAAAAGGAAUUUUCGACAAUGGAUGUCAAGGAACCCGAAGUGGAUAUAGUAGAAGAAAUGGAAGUCGAAUCUCAACCCUUGACAGAAGAACAGUUACAAGAAGUGUUUAAGCGAACUUCUGCAUUUACUGUCAAGACAGCCACGAUGGAUUCAAGAGCAGCCGAUGAUAUGGAUGCACUUGAGUUGUGGCAGGUAGAAAAUAAAGACGGAAAUACGGAUGAAAUAUACGAGGAAGAGGACUAUAUUCAUGUGGAUGAUGAUUUCUGGGAUCUUGAGUUUGGAGAGUUACCGCGACCAAAGCGAGCACGUAAAGGAGGACCAGUUGUUGAACGAGUGGCUCGACGUGGUGUUGAUAGAGAGAGUAUUUUGGCUAAAUACAAGGUUAUGCAAGUCCAAGUACAAGACAGGAAUGGUAACUAUCUCUUGGUAAAGAAGAGAGUCAGUACAAUUGAUCCCAGUUUACCAACAUAUGUCAAGAUUCCCGGAAAACCUAUUCCAAGAUCAUGGGCACAUUCUAUUUUGUGUAAAUCUAAAUCACAAUUACCAAAACCUCCACCAAUAGCCUCAAGACUACACACGGUCAACAAUAUAUUAUCCACAGACCUCAGCCGGUAUGGAAAGUCAUUUAGCGCUGUCUAUAUGGAUCCUCCUCUGCUGCUGCCCGGAGAGAGUCCUGUACCUGGAAAAAUACAUAUUGAUGAUCUAGCCAAACUCAAUGUGUCUAGCGUUGUUUCAGCCGGGUUCUUGUUCAUUUGGCUCGAGAAAGAGUGGUUACAACGGAUUGUAAGUAUGGCAAGUCAAUGGGGGUUCAAAUACGUCGAGAAUUUUUGCUGGAUCAAGAAGAACAUCAACAACCAAAUCCAUAAGAGUCCCUACAAAUACUUUAACAAGAGUAAGCUGAGUCUGCUGAUAUUUAGAAAGGAGGGAGACAUUGAAUUACGUCACCAAAGAAACCCAGAUUGUGUAUUUGACUUUGUAAAACCCAUGUUGCCAGACGAAAUAUCGGAGAAGAAACCUGAGUUUAUGUACAAUGUCAUUGAGACCCUGCUACCCAAUGCUGUCUACCACCCAGAGAAGAAUCCUGAAGGAAAUGGGCUUCUUGAAUUGUGGGCAAAGAGAGGACAGCGACGGACAGGUUGGACUACUUUGGUAGAACAGCCUAUAAAGUAA